AUGGUGUCUCUGAGUGACAUACGACCUCUUUUGUAUAUUGCGAGACUGUUUGGAUGUGGACUUUUUCUUGUUACAGAGAACGAUAUUAUGAUGAUGAAGUAUGGCACUAUUUAUUCGGUUCUAUUUGCACUCUUGUAUGUUAGUCUUUGCAUCGCGAAUAUUUACAUGCUCCGCUGGGAUGACAUGAUUGGACCGAGGCUGCUGAUGCUCACUGUGGUGAGGACAGGUCUCUCGUAUAGCUGCGUUUUAAGUGAUAUUGUGAUGACGUAUUGUUAUAACUGGAAGAUACGAGCUGCACUUUCGCAUUUACGCAUUUUCGAUCGUACAACAAAAUAUAAGGAGCCUAAAUACCCUCACAUGAUUCGUUAUAUCUGUUGGUCAUUGGUUUUUGUUAUGUUAUCGUUUUGGACAAUAGUUGGAUAUAUAACGUUCUGCGUGGAGCCCAAAGAUUCUAUAUUUAACGGUAUAACUUAUGCUGUUGUUAAUACAACACUAACGAUGCAAUUAAUAACAUUCGCCAGCCUGUCAUCUCUUCUAUAUGAGAGAUAUCAUCGUCUUUGUGAAUCGUUGCUCCUGCCCGAAGAUGGCAAAAUCAUGGUGGUGGAUCGCUUGGACAAGCAGUUUCAUUUGCAGGAAGUGUGGUGGUUGCAUUCGUGUCUCACUAAUGCGACCGAGAUGAUAAAUUCCGUGUACUCGAUACAGCUUUUGCUAUGGAUCUUUUGUAUGUCCUUUAAUACACUUACUCGCAUCUAUACGAUCAAUAAUGGCGCGAUCUUACAACCUUUGUUAAUAGUGAGAGAAAUUUUACUGGUAUCUGCUUGUGUGACAAAUCUGCUGAUCAUUACCAUCAUUUGUCACAUGACUGCAACCCAAGCUAAUCGUGUUGGCAAGAUCGCCUUUACACCAUCAUCUGCCAUUCUUGUUAAGAAAAACUUUAUGCAGGAUUGCUGUGUAGAAGCUGUUACUUAUUUCCAGCUACAGCAAGUACACUUCUUUGCUUCUUAUGGAAUCAUACGCAUCGAUCUUCCAUUGCUUCUUUCGAUCAAGACAAUGAUGGCGAACAAGACUUUGUCAUCGCAAAAUGACAUUAUGAUCAAGAUACUAUGGGAUUUUUAUAAUUCUUUUCAUGGAAGCAAUAAGGAUUAUUUGUUGAUUAUUCUUUAUGUACCAACUGUACUAGUCGGUGUGAUAGCUAACAUUUUUGUGAUAAUUGUAGUUUGCAAAUAUCAUUUAAAGAGCGUUACAAAUUAUUUUGUGAUUAAUCUGUCCAUGGCUGAUUUGUUGGUUGCCACAAUAUGCAUGCCAAUGACAAUCAGCCAGGAAAUAUCAAUGUCAUGGAAUCACAGUGAAUUCCUGUGCAAAUUAACUUCUUAUCUGCAAAGUGUAGGUGUUACCGCCUCAAUAUAUACUAUUAUGGCUAUGAGCAUCGAUAGAUAUCUGGCCAUAAGAAAUCCCAUGAUUCUUCGUUAUAUAUGUAGUCAUAAGAAUAUUAUUCUCGUUAUCGUAUCUAUUUGGCUGGCAUCCAUGGCAUUUUUUAUUACAAUCUAUGGAGCGAUGAGACUCCAGGAUCCAAUGACGGAAGUCAUCAACAAGGCUCUGGACUUGGCAAGCGAGAAUUUUACACACAAUAGCAUCUCGCCAACACCACCAGGUUUCAAUAUGUGCAUAGAGGAUUUCAUGUCAUUAGGAAUUAGACGAGACGUUUUUGGGAGCAUAUACUUCGUAUUCUCUACCGCUAUUCCAUGUCUCGUUGUAUUACUAGCCUACUCGAUGAUUGGCUUCACUCUUUGGUCUAAAAAGCCACCCUUUGAUUAUGAUAACAGGGAAAGUGUCAGCUCGCGGCAGAGCUCCAAAUUACGACAUGAAAGAAAACGAGUUGCAUUGAUAUUACUAUUCCUCGCUAUACUAUUCGCUCUGUGCUGGAUGCCCUACAAUAUUGCCAAAUUUUUUAUUGAUCUCGACGUUAUCGGCCCAUCAACGUCAACAAAUAACACACUGAAGUACUUCCUAUUUUUGGGACAUGCAAACAGUGCUUUGAAUCCUGUGGUCUAUUGUUGGAUGACCCGUGGUUUUCGUCAAAAACUUGUGAAGAUUUUAUGUUGUAUCUCCACUAAUCUAUCGCAUCUUUUGCGAAGAAACGCGAUGACGAUCGCUGAUGACGUGCCAUGUAUCCCUUGUAAGCGAAAGUUAAUAACUGUGACAAAGGAACAAUGUGUUCUAGCAGAACAACAACAAAAAAGUUUUAUAUCAUUUCAACAGCUUUUCUCAGGACGCAGCAAUUCAUAUCAUUUAAAACGUAUCAACAUUGAAUUGAAAAAUAUUUAUGAUAAUUCGAAUAUACAGAUUGCUCCAGGACAUAAUAGGAGGGAUCAACGACAGAAUAAGGACAAAUAUGAAUUAAAGAGCAGCCAAUUAGAGUCGAGUACUUUAUGUACCACAGACGGACAACGUUAA